AAAUGUUGGGGUGCUAUAAUUAAAAAGAAUGCAGUACAGUGACUGUGUGCGUGUACGUGUACAUGUACAUAGUCGAGUCUUGCAAGCGAGCGCGCCAGAUCAGACAAGACUAGACUAGACCAGCAGAGUCAAAAUGGACAGGGUGUAUAAAGAAACUGCAGUAAUUCUGAAAAAGCUGGAAGGAAAGCAUGGAUCAUUGCAGUCUUUAGUGUUCACUUCUAAGAAUGCUUGCUCCGUGAAGAAGAAGUUGUUUGCACUAGCAUCACAAACAAUGAAAUAUAAGUCGCCAAUACUAGAGGCAAUGAAGGAGUGUUCGUUGCCUGGUAAUGCUCCAAAGAUAGGUCGUCAUCUCUGCAUGAUUCUUGUGUACGAUCUUGUCUUUGGUAAAGGGAUUCAGUGUGGAGGACCACUCAAGCGUUUUAUGAUGGAAAACAAAGAAAAACUGAAGUCAGCGUUGUCUAAUCAAGACCGUGUAAAUAGUGAAUGUUCUAGACCAGUUGUUCUUCCGAAGUACGCACGAGUAAAUUUGCUGAAAGUUUCCGUUGAAAAAGUCAUUGACUUGUUGAAGGAUAUCAAUUACAACAUAGUGAGCAGAGAAGAUUUCUUGGAACAUUUCAAAAGUUGUUCGUUGCCAAAACAAUUGGCACAGACUAAGAAGUUGUCACAUGCUGAUGAAUGUUGCUCUCACAAUAUAUUUUGCAAAGAUUCUCUUUUGGAUGAUGUGCUUAUGUUCUGCCCUUCAUCAUCUCUCACCUCGACUCAACUGUAUGCUACCUCUCACUUGAUAUUGCAAGAUAAGGCUUCUUGUCUCCCUGCAUAUCUGCUGGCCCCACCGCCUGGUGGUGUUGUAAUUGAUGCCUGUGCAGCACCAGGAAAUAAGACCACACACUUGGCAAGUCUAUUGAGCAACUCAGGAACAAUUUACUCUUUUGACAAGGAUAGGCGAAGGUACAGUACGCUAGUCAAAAUGGUGGAAAAAUCUGGAUCGACAUGUGUAAAGCCACAAUGUCAAGACUUUUUGAAGGUGAAUCCGUCAGACUAUUUGGACGUGACACACAUCCUUGUUGAUCCCUCUUGCUCUGGGUCUGGAAUUUUCAGUCGCAUUGAUUUUGAUUCCAAGAAACCAGACAUGGGUCGUCUUCAGUCUCUGUCUUCUUUCCAGAAGCGUAUCUUAAAGCAUGCUUUAUCAUUCCCAAGCGUGAAAAAAGUGGUGUAUUCUACUUGUUCAGUUCAUUGUGAAGAGAAUGAACAUGUAAUUGAAGACGCAUUAAGUUGUUUUGAAGAUGAUUUUGAGCUAAUUGAUUGUCUCCAAGACUGGGACAGAAGGGGAGAAACAUCUUUCGCAGUAGGUUCUUGUUGCAUACGGAUGUGCAGUGAUGAUCUAACUAAUGGUUUCUUUGUUGCUGUGUUCAACCGAAAAUUGAAUACAAGUGUUAAAACAAAGUCACAAACAUUUGAGCAGAAGAAACAAUUGGAAAGCCCCAUCCCCAAACAAAUCUGUGCAUCAGUGAGGAAACGCAAGAAAAAUAAAAAGGGAAAACAUCCAGUUACAAAAAAAUAGGUGUUACAGAAACUCUAAUCGUAUUUAGCAUGCUGAGAAGUCCCACAAUUUUACAGUUCGAUCAUAGGAACCUGAAACAAUAACUUUGUCAUUGAACUGCAGACAUGUGACGCCAUCAGUAUGGGACUUUAAAGUCAGCAGUCGAUUGCCCGUGUGAACACUCCAUACCUGUGGUUGAUGUAUAAAAUUAUAGAAGGCAGUUUAAUCAUGUAAUUCUAUAUCUUGCCUUCAUUGUCUUGUCGUCGGCUGCACUAAUUAUUUUCCAGUUGUCAGCUUGUAAGUGUCUGAAAAAAGUUUAAUUGUUGUGUGUGCUCACACGCUUAUUAAAUCACCUUAUUACUCCUGUAUGUCCUUCAGAACGAA